GCUACCACAAAAACUCAAAACCAUAAUGGAUUCCCCUCUACAAUGGCUUUUAGCAGCUUUCGCUACCAUUUUUCUACUUGCCACUUUUCUCCGCAACAAAAAGGCGGCAAGACGCGGGAAGGGCCGCCGGAAGCUACCGGAGCCCAGCUUUGCAUGGCCGAUAAUCGGGAAUUUCCACCUCCUCGCGGCCAAUGACCGGCUGCCGCACAAAGUUUUGGGCGACAUGGCGGACAAAUACGGGCCAAUAUUCGGAUUGAGGUUGUGCGCGCAUCGAGUAUUCGUUGUGAGCGACUCGCGGAUAGCGAAAGAGUGUCUCACCGUCAACGACAGAGCGCUGGCCGGCCGGCCAAAGGCCAUAGCUUCCGAGCACAUAGGCUACAACUACGCCGACAUCGCGCUGUGCCCGCCCAACCUGUUCUGGCGCGACGUCCGCAAGGUGGUGGUGCUGGAGCUGCUGUCCAGCCGCCGCCUGGAGGCGCUCCGGCGGGUGCGGGAGUCGGGGGUGAAAAGAUUCACCCAAGAAAUCUACCGGAGAUGGGCGACGGAGAAGAAGAAGAAGAACGAUUGUUUUUCCGGCGAAGUAAUAAAGCUGGACAUGUCGGAGUGGUUCGGGAGAUUAAUCAUCGGCGUGAUGUUGCAGAUAAUGUUCGGGCAUCGGUACGAGGAUGUCGGGAGCUCGGUGGCGGCGACGUUGAGGAGAAACUUUGAGCUGUUGGGGUUGUCGGUUGUGGGUGAUUUUCUGCCAUGGCUGAGAUGGUUGGACAUAGGAGGGUACGAGAAAGCCAUUAAGGAGAACACUAAGGAAAUGGACGAUGUGGUGGACUGUUGGCUGCAACAACAUAGCAGGAAACGAAACACCAAACCCAAAGAGGAACAAGACUUCAUGGAUGCAUUGAUUUCUCAUUAUGAUAGUGAUAAAGAAAUUCCAAAUGGUUAUGACGCAGAUACAGCUAUCAAAGCCACUUGCACGGGUGUGCUGUCAGCAGCCAUCGAUACAACUACGACAACUUUAAUAUGGGCCCUCUCCUUAGUAUUGAACAAUGGUGAUGUAUUAGACAAGAUCCGAAAUGAGCUAGACAGCAAUGUCGGGAGAGAAAGACAUGUCAAUGAGUCUGACCUAAACAACUUGACUUAUAUUCAAGCAGUUGUCAAAGAAACUUUACGAUUAUAUCCACCAGGUCCUCUCUUAGUGCCGCACAAAGCUGUAGAAGAUUGUGUGGUCGAUGGUUACCACGUCUCGAAGGGUACACGAUUACUUGUAAAUGUGGCAAAGAUCCAACGCGAUCCAAAAUUCUGGUCAGAUCCUGACGCAUUUAAGCUUGAUAGAUUCUUGACGGAGCAAAAAGAAGUCGAGGUUAAGGGUAAUCAUUUUGACCUGCUUCCAUUUGGUAGUGGAAGAAGAAUGUGUCCCGGAGUUUCUUUAGGGUUACAAAGUGUGGAACUAGGCUUGGCCAGUGUCAUUCAUGGCUUUGAUAUAAGGAGGAGUUUAGAUGAGAAAAUUGACAUGACUGAGGCUGCUGGCCUAUCAGUUACUAAGGCAACUCCAUUAGAAGCUCUCCUCACCCCACGCCUUCCUUUGCAUCUCUAUUCUUGACUUCUAUUUCAUUUCCUUUUAGUUUUGAAUAAAAAAAAUAAACUGAAAGAUAAUCUUUUACCAUUGGCAUUUUGGGUUUCAAUAAGAUUAUUGUAUCUUUGAGAGAAGUUAUCUUAAAAUAUAUUGAACUGGUGUCUAUCUU